AUGACUCAAGAUCUAGAGAAAAAAAUAGAAGUGAUAUCAAUAAACGACUCCAUCCCCGAAGAAAAUGGUCCAAGAGUACCUCAUGAACGCCAAGUUAUUGAUACAAUAAUUGAAAUAUGGAAACAAGAUCCAAAUACUGAAAAUUUAGGUGUUAGUAAAUUACAUUCAAUAGUUAAACAAAAACAUUCCAAUUGGUCAUUAUCUGAAAAAAGAGUACGUCAACUCCUAAAAAAAUUCGGAUUAUCAACAAAUCAAGAACAAUUUACAUAUGCAAAAGAUAUAAAAUCAGAAUUAACUCCAGAUAUAAAUUUACCUCCUAAAAUUCAAGUUGUAAUGACUUCAAAAAGAGGUAAAUGUCUUUAUGCUAAAAAACCAAUUACAAAAGGUGAAUUAAUAUGGGAAGAAAAACCAUUAUUCUUUAUACCACCAUUAGCUAAUGUUAAAUUAAUAUCUCAUGGAUCAGCUUGUUCAUAUUGUGGAAAAUUACUUCAACAAACAGAAAUGAAAACUGUACUUAAAGGUUUAGAUUGUAAUGUAUGUUCUGAAAUUUGGUGUUCAAAAGAAUGUAAACAACAAGAUGGAGAUUUACAUUCAAUAUUAAAACAUAAUGUAUAUAAUCCCACCACCAAAAAAUCAAAAUUUAUAAAUCCAGACUCCUUCAUAACACUACAAGAUUAUUGUUUAGAAGAAUCUUGGAAUGCAUUAUAUGCUAUAACUUUAAUAUAUGCACAAAUUUUACUAGAUAAAUCAGGAACAAAACAAAAACAAUUUAAUGCAAUGGCAAAAGUUUCACAAGAUAUAAGAUAUAAGGCAUUAAAUUCAGGUGGAGGAACUUUUGAUAAUAUGAAUGGUGGAGCAUUAUUUGUUCAAGAACAACAAAAAACUCUUUGGAAAGAAGGUUAUGAAAAAUUUUUAUCUGUAUUUCCUAAAAAUCCAAUCACUUACAAAGAAUUUUUAUAUAUGAUGGGAACAUAUAAUAUCAAUAAUCUUGAUUCAAAUAUUUAUUUAACACAAUCUCAUUUAAAUCAUAAUUGUAAUCCAAAUACAUCAGUCGAUACUAAUAUAAAUCGUAUAUCAGGAUUAAAAGUAUUUGCUAAAACUAAUAUUAAAGAAGGUGAAGAAAUAACAACUACUUAUGUAAAUCCAAAUCAUACAUUAAAUCAAAGACAAAGAGAGUUAAGAGUUAAUUGGGGAUUUAUAUGUAAUUGUGAAAAAUGUAUUAAUGAUUCAAAUGAACAAAAAAGAAGAAAAUCAUCUACUUCAAAUCAACAAACAAAUGCUAAAAAUAUAAGAAAUAUGUUAAAAGAAACUAGUGAAUCAAUGGGAGAUAAAGAAUUUGAAUUAAGUAUUCCACAAGAUGGAUUUAACGGUGAACGAAGAAAAUCAGUUAGAUUUGAUGAAAAAGUUGUCGCUGUAAAUAAUUAA